AUGCCGCGAAAAUCUAAGAAGGAAAUGGCCGAAGAAGAAGAAGCAAGAAAGCGAGAUUUUGCGUGGCGUCGGGCUCGUCAGGCUGGACGAGAAGGCCUCAGUCCUGAUGUUGGCAGGACUGGGACUCCUUACUAUUUUGAUAAACCCGGUUAUCACUGGGAGAACGGUCGAUACGGUAAACGACAAUAUCGCGAUACCGAUUUAGUUCAUGUUGAUCCCUUCGCUGAGCCUGGCUUCCGGGAAUUCGCUUGCCCUUUCAAUGUUCAUCCCGAAAUCAAUGUUGAUGCUGGUAUUGUACCGAUGGUUUUUCCAGUAGGCCACCAAGGCUUUGAAUUUCCUAUACCGGCUGUUGAAGAACAUCAUCACGGUGUUUUGAAUGUGGUCCAUCGGGAUCCUACGUUUGGCGGUCAAGCAUUAGGAUGUCAAGGAUCCAUUGUGAUUGCUUCUAAAACUGACAUUGAUCCUUCCAGAUCGACAUGUCAAUGUGGAUUUGACUGCUUCGCCAAGUCCAGCUCCGCAAGUGACUCAAAGUUCUGA